CGGAGUUUAGCGGGUACAUUUUCGAUCUGGGUUCGGCAGCACAGCUAAGUGGACGGUUGUUGUUUUGGUGAAGAAGGUCCAGUUUGAGUCAAACGCGCAACAUUGGCGGUUAUCCCGGGUUUGUGUAGCCGGGUCCUGGGGCGCUGAGAGCGGAACUCGACCUUUUUUCAAACGCGCUAUUUUUUUACUUAGAAAAGUCAGAAUGCUAACUAGCCUCCAAAGCUAACGGCGGCUAACUCCAGAGUGCUGUGAUGACCUGCGGCGGUGCAGCGUUUUCCUGUUCUGUUGUCGCUUCAAACAGCUCGUAAACAGCAGGUCGAAAGCAGAAACAGCCCGAGUUUUAGAUGGCGGUGGCUCCCGCCUCGAUGGCAGAUAAAAUCAUUGUCCUUGAUGAGGAUGAUGAAGAAGAGAGUCCUCAGGCCUCUUUCUCUGUCUCCAAAUCAACCCCAAAGCAUCAAGCCAAAAAUGUCUCACCACUCAAAGCUCAGCAGCCGGUGCCCACCCACAUCACCCAGUCCCCCUUCGCCACAGCGAAGAAGACCAGCCAGGUUCUUCAGGCUGAGAAUCAGAAGCUGUUCACUGAGUUUGUGGAGCACUGCACACCUCUCACAGAGGACUGUCCCGAGGUCUUGACCUUCCUCCAAACCAAGCACUCCAAGGCCUGCCCGGUCUUCCUGUCAUCGGUGGAGUUCAGAAAUACUUUGGGACGAUGUUUGACUCGCGCUCAGGCCAACCGCUCUAAAACAUUCGUCUACAUCAACGAGCUGUGCACUGUGCUCAGGCAGUAUGCCGUCAAGAGGAGGCAAGACCUCUCCAAGGUUGAGCCUGGGCCUUCUACCUCAACAUCGAGCAAUGCUCCAUCUACCUCCAUUACACUCAGAAGUAAAACCAAGAGUAAAGGGAGGCUGGACGAGGAGGAAGGUGUGCAGGCGGCAGAAGAAGAAGAGCAACCUUCCACCUCCGGACUGCAGGAGGACAGAGAGGCGGAUCAAGAAGAGGAGAGAAAAGCUAAACGGGCUUCCAGGAAGCAGAUAGCGUACCUGGAGAACCUGCUGAAGGUGUACAACGAUGAGAUCUGCCGUCUGCAGCAGGCUGAGCUGAGUCUCGAUGACCUCGAAGCUGAGGACUCGUUAUACAUCCAGGAGCACAAACUCAAACGCAAGAUGAUGAAGAUUUAUGAAAAGCUGUGUGAACUAAAGGGCUGCAGCACUCUAACAGGCCGAGCCAUCGAGCAGAGAAUCCCCUACAAAGCCACUCGUUACCCUGAGAUCAACAGGAGGAUCGAGCGCUUCAUCAACAGUCCCGAGGUACGGAGCAACCCUCCCGAUUACCAGGACGUCCUCCAGCAGGUUUUGCGUGCCAACGAGCGCCACAGCCUGUACCUGCCCAAGAAACAGCUGAACCAGAUCGCCCAGGAGGCCUUCAGAGAGACGGGGAGCCGCAUUCAGGAGCGACGUCACCUCGACCUGGUCUACAACUUUGGCUCCCACCUCACCGACGCCUAUAAGCCCGCCACAGACCCGGCGCUGUCAGACCAAUCGCUGCUGAGGAAACUGCGGUCGAACCGAGAAGUCGCUCUGACCCGCCUGGAGGAGGUCAUCACGAAGUACGCUGUGAAACAGGAGGACACGGAGGAGCAGGAGAGGAGCAGGCGCUCACAGAAAGAUGGAAAGAACAAAGAGGGCCGCGGGUCUGAAAAAGAAGCUGAAGCGGUGAAUGGAGUGUCUGAGGCGGAAGACGAUGAAAAUGAAGACGACGAAUCGUCAGACCCGGACAUAGAGGAAGAGAUCCAGGCCAGCACUCAGCAGGAUGGACCAGAUGAAGAUGAUGAUGAAGAUGAAGAUGAUGACGUUAACGAGGUGGAAGAAGCGAGCGAGGGCGCCAACAAGGAGGAUCUGAACGAUGAUCAGAGAGUUUCUGCAGGCGAAGACGGAAGCUUGAAAGACGGAGAAGACGAGCAGGUUACGAGUCCUGCUUCUGACGAAACCAAGUCCCAGAUCUCACCGCAGUCUGACAUCCCCUCCCCUGCAGACAGCCCCAGCCAAUCAGAGCCCACGGAGACUGACGACCAGAGGCCGCUGUCGAAUGGUGACCACGGGAGUUUACAGGAACCUGCAGAUUCCUCCAAUCAUGACUCGGUCAUGCUCUUAAACACCAACCAAGCCAAUACAGACCUCACAACAGCCAACGGGAAACUGUCACCUUCAUCGCCACAUGAAGCUGUGGAAAAUAACACGCAGACGACCAAUGGGACGUCACCGCCGCCCAGCCCCAGAACCACGAGGAGUCAGAAGAGGAAGAGGGAGGAAAUUAAAUCAGGGAGCUCCCAGAGCAGAAGGAACACGAUCAUCCACGACAGUGAGGUGGACAUCCCUCUGGAUAUGGGCGUUGUUAGCUGCAACUCUCCAGAAUCCGCCCGAGCAGACACGCCAACGCAGGACGUGGUCAGCAGCUCGCAGUCGACGCCGCCGCCCAAGAAAAACAAGGUCAACGUGGCGACACAGUGCGACCCCGACGAGAUCAUCGUCCUGUCGGACUCAGAAUGACCUUUGACCUCUGAACUCUCUUCAAGUCUUCAUCUGCUCCAUUUGGCCGACUUCCUCUUUUUUUCUUCCGUCUCGAUUUGGAAGCAGAAGCUGAAUUUAUUUCUUCCAGUUCAGGACCGUGAACUCGAACAGGAAGCGGAGCCGCUCACAGGUUUGGAGUUCGAGGCUCUGCCCAUCAAACGCCACGAUAACGUUUUUGUAACGGACUGAAACGUUCUUUAUUCAGCAUGUGAAGCAGGAGGCUCGGACCCCUGCUGUGCACCACAGAAUAAAGUUUUCAUUGAAUCCAAGCAGGAAA